CCAAAAGCACCGAUUGCAGUCGUCGUCUCUCGCCUCAGCGCGCUUUGACUUUAUUCUGGCUUUUGACCGAUAGACCUCACCUUCACAUUACAAUGUGUUAGUAUAUCAUAUCGUGACAUUUCAGGUAUUCUACCUACGCUGCGCUGUGUUAGGGCUUGGGGCCAGGGCCAAGUGGCGCUUUGGGGACCCUGGCCCCUCGGUAUCUUUAAGGAUGGCGGAAACAACUGACUUAGCAGAGCAGGCUCUGUCCGCCAAGGAGCAGGGCCUGAUAGAAGUGAUAAAGCUGCUACAGCACCCCGAGGACCUUUCGCGCCUGGCUGACAUCACGACCGAGUAUGAGUCGCGGCACCGGAGCGCGAAGGCCACCCUCAGCGCUAUGGUGCAGUCGCAGGUUGAGGCGACCCGCCUGGGCAUGGACUUGCUGGAGCGGGCGCACCGCCACAUCACAAAGCUGCAGGCGGCGCUGGACCGCAUCGACAAGCUGUGUGCCGAGUGUGCAGACCUGGUCCACCACCACGACAAGAUCAAGCUGCUGGCGCUCACACACGGCAACGUCAAGAAGGUGCUGUCGGAGAUUGAGGACAUUGUGGACCUGCCCUACCGCGCAGACCACUGUUGGGAGCUGCUGGAGGCGGACGACGCCAACCUGGUCCCGGCCUUUGAGGCGCUGGUGCUGCUGACGGGCACGGCCGAGAACGCCAAGCAGGCGUGGCAGAGGAACAACAAGUCGGCUGCGGAGGUGUCGGAGCUGGCAGCAUACCUGGCCCGUGUGGACGAGGUUCUGGUCCGCUUCGAGCAGCUGCUGCUGGGCCAGCACCUGCGCCUGCCCGGCCUCAUCACACUGGCGCAGGAACGGCCCACGCUGCUGGUGGACUGUGUGCGUGUCAUGGAGCUGCAGGAGCUGCUGGAUUCGGAGUACAAGCGCGUCAAGAUGGGGUCGGUUCAGCAGCGGAGAUACAAGGACCGCUUCUUUGCGGGGCUGCUUAAGGACGCCGAGGGCAGGUUCAAGCCGCUGCUGAAGAUCGCCCGGGCCUGCAACAAGCCCAACAUGAUCAUCUCGUACGACAUCAACGGCGACCGCAUCGUCAGCGAGCAGCGCGACUACCUGGGGGCGCUGGUGAAGCUGACACGGCUGGUGAACGGCGAGGAGGAGGUUGUGGACGACCCCGAGGAGCUGCAGCACAUCGACAUCAUCCAGGAGGAGGUGUUCGACGAGGCCACCUACCUGGACGAGCUGCUCAACGGCCUGUACGACAUGACGGACGAGCUGGCGGCGGUGUACGACUACGUGGCGCCGUGCUUCCCGCCCGGGUACGACGUGUUCAACCGCUGCUUCCAGACGUACCACGUGCAGUUCAGUGUGGUGGUGGACGUGAUGGGGCACGGCGCGGCGGAGGGCAUGAGCACGGCGGGCGCGCUGCGGGUGAUGGACUGGGUGCAGAAGUACAUGGAGACGCUGCGCAACCUGGGUGUGGAUGAGGAGCUGGUGCGCCUGCCGCCCUCGCCGCUGGCGGACCCAGACAGCCUGCCGGGCAUGGUGGUUCUGAUGGAGAGCUAUGUGAAGCGCAUGGCGGACACCGUGACGCGCUGGUACACCAACAUCCUGGACGCAGACCUCAGCUCCGAGCCCAAGGUCCGGCCCGACGGGACGCUGUGCACCCUGGGAGCCACCGACUUCUUCCGCAUCCUCAACGAACAGAUCGCUAUCAUCACCGACCUCAACGAGCACGGCGAGAUCAUGCUGCAGACCGCCAAGACCGCCCUGCGCAUCAUGGUGGGAUUCCAGGAGGCGCAGAAGGACGUGCUGGGAGGCUACGGCCGCGAGGGCGGGCGCAAGGGUCUGGGCCUGGAGAUGGCGGUGGCGUUCCUGAACAACGCGGUGCACUGCCACGACCAGUCGCUGGAGUUCGCGGAGGACGUGGGGAGGCAGCUCAAGAAGGAGUACAGGGAGCAGCUGGAUGUCGAGACAGUGUGCCGUGGCUUUCUCGAGGUGGCCAAGGUGGCCGCCUUCCGCGCUGUGGUGGUCAUGUUCAAUGACCCAGGCAUGAGCGGCCAGCUCAAGGGCCUGUACGGCACCGGUCCGGGUGACACCUACCUCUCCGGCCGCGUCACCAGCACCCUCAUCGCCACGCUGCGGGACUACUUCUCAGACAUCAAGACCUGGGUGACCCCCUCUUUCGUGAAGCGGGUGGCUGAGGCGGCGCUGGAGGAGCUGGUGCGCCGGGCAGUCAACAUCUUUGCGGUGGCGCCGCCGCAGGCCUCUGAGCCGCUGUCUGCCCGCAUGGAGUCUGACGUGUCCGACCUGAGCGCCUACUUCGAGGCCUACGUGACCAAGGCCGACCGCCUGCGCAAACACCUCGAGGUGCUGGCCGACCUGCGGGAACUGCUGGUGGCGGACAGCCCUGAGACGUUUGCCCUGGCCUACUCCAACCUGCUGGCCUACAACGACAAGGCCUUCACGCCAGAGCUGGUGGCCAAGAUCACGAGCAGCUGCAGGAGCGACCUCACCAAGAAGCAGAUCUCGGACAUCAGCUCGCAGUGUCGGGACCUGUGGAAGCAGCACGAGGCGGCGGCCAAGGCGGCGGCGGGCGGCGGCGGCGCGGCGGACAAGAGCGACGGCUGGUGGUUCGGAUGGGGCAAGAAGGGGUAGGGGCCAGCAGGCGGGUGGCGCGGCGGAUUGGCGGGGCGGUGGAGGGGUGGCAGCGGCAUCGUGCAUCGCGACAGAGCUGUGUUGGAAAGCAGCGGAGGGAGGUUGCAAGGGUUUGGGGAUGUCGAACGGUGUUAUUAGGUCCGGGUUCCUCAGUUGAUGCCGGCGCGAGGCAGGCAUGAGCAAGCAUGAGGGCUGGGGAAUGAGUGAGGAGGGCACGGCGCGGCGGCUGAUGCUGUGGCCGAGCAACGCACAGCAGUCUGGCUCUUCACGAAGUUACCUGUUCUGGCGAUUGGGUAU